GUGGCGGCAGCUCGUCGUGGGUCGGGUCGGGCCAGUCAGUCAGUCAGUCGGUGGGCCGCGUAGCCUUAGGACGCGCGCUCCUCCAGUGUAGUGAUGAUCAUGUCCACUCGCCUCGGGCCUCGGUGACGACGCGUGUGACCAAUACAUUAUUCCGCAUCAAGUGUCAACCAGUACUUCACUCUUAAGUCUUUGUGAUUUUGUUCUGCAUUUUUGUAAUGAUGGCAACAAGUUUCUUUUCGUUGGUGAAAGAGGAACCUGAUACAGGACACGAUAUUAUGGAAACUACACCUGUGGCACUGCCACCCACAAGCGUGGGCAUGGGCGGUCAUACAUCCCCGGGGAGCGGUGGCCCACAUGUAGGUGGCCCGCCCAUGCAGGCUGGCAUGCCUUUGACACCCGUUACCCCCACCAGCCUUCAGCCGCCCCCACACCACCGUAUCGAGAUUGACCCAAACUUCGAGCCCGUGGCACGCUCGCGCUCGAACACGUGGCCGCUGCCCUGCCCCGAAGGCUACAUGGAAGGGGAAGAGCCCGUGGCGGUCGCCACCGAGGGCCCGGUCCCCGUUGACCAGCCGCGGCCUCCUGGCGCCGUUGGUCCGGGCGACCCUCCGGGCGGCCCGCCCAAGAAGAACACCUCCCGCCGGAACCCCUGGGGCAACAUGUCCUACGCCGACCUCAUCGCGCAGGCCAUCAUGUCGUCCCCCGACGGGCGCGCCACGCUGUCCCAGAUCUACGACUGGAUGGUUCAGAACGUGCCCUACUUCAAGGAUAAGGGCGACUCCAACUCUUCCGCCGGCUGGAAGAACUCCAUCCGCCACAACCUGUCGUUGCACAACCGGUUCAUGCGCGUGCAGAACGAGGGGACCGGCAAGUCGUCUUGGUGGGUACUCAACCCCGAUGCCAAGCCGGGCAAGUCCACGCGCCGCCGUGCCAACACCAUGGAGGGCGGCCGCUACGAGAAGAAGCGAGGCAGAGUCAAGAAGAAGCUUGAGGCGCUCCGGAACGGCCAGGAGAUGACGCCGUCCCCGUCGUCGUCGCUGAGCGAGAGCCUGGACCUGUACCCCGACUCCCCCCACACGCACCCCGUGCACAGCGCGUACAGCCAGCUCUCUCCGCAGGACUACCGGCCCAGGGCCUCCUCCAACGCCUCCUCCUGCGGGAGACUGUCCCCCAUCCCCGCGAUAGAGUCCGAUAUGCAUGAUUCACAGGUACCGCCCAUGUCCCCUGGCAUCGGUGGGUGGGGCGGAGAAUACUGGCCCCACCACGCCCACCCGCACCCGCUCGCCCACGACCGGUAUGCCGACCAGUUAGUGGACUCCAUGGGCGAAGGGCUGAAGCUCGGGCCGGACUCCUGGGGCGGCCCAGCACGCCCGCCCAACCCCCAAGACUGUAUGAAGAUGUCACAGCUGUCCCCGCACGGCCCGCCCACCUCGCACAUGAACGGCUACGUCACCCACCACCACCACAACCACCACCCGCAGGGCUUCAGUACCUUUGAAGAUUUUCGUUUCAACCCCCACAACCCCCACGGGCCGGCCUUCCCCCACCCGCCCGCACAGCAUCCGCCCACACCCCACCAAGACAAGAUGGCAACGCCCACACGCCCGCAUCCACACAAUAACUACUCCCUGACCAGUCUACAGGCCUUGUCCCCGGCACACAGCGUCCACAGUCUGUCGCCCACGCAGCCACUUGGGGAGGGGCACUACCCAGGGCCCGGAGGCGAGGCGCACCAGCCCUCCAACUUCCCUUCCACCCCCACCUCACAGCCACAACACACUCACUCCGCCCACACUGCCCUCUCGGCGUCCAACAGUGAACCUAAUAUGCUCAGGGCAGCAUUAACCCACCGUGAACAGCAGCAGCAGCAACAGCAACAACAGCAGCAGCAACAACAACAACAGCAGCAGCAACAACAGCAACAGCAGCAGCAGCAGCAGGGCCACAAUAGCAGUCCAGGGAGUGGUAGCGCGGGCGGCGGCGGUCAGUCGGGUCACAACGGAGCGUCCGGUGGUGGGUCUGGUGGUUCUGUGCCAAUGCAAGACUUUGUGGACUUCGACACCCCGAUUCAGGGUGGCUUGGACUGUAACGUAGAGGAGGUGAUCAAGCAUGAGCUACAGGUCGAGGGGAACCUGGACUUCUCCUUCCCACAAGCUCAUCACGGACACCACGCCCACGCACAUGCCCAUGCACAUGCCCACGCCCACGCCCAUGGGCACCCUGACACCCCUCAGAUGGCCGUGCCCUCGGGGAUGCCCUACCCAUGCUCGUCCAUCGCAGCCGGGAACCAGUGGGUCCGCUAGAAAGGUGCGAGAAAGACUAAGAGGUCCAGGACCUGAACGCUAGCAAGAACUCAUCACAACGCACACAUCGGAUCACCAGCUUGACAGCUUGAAGCUUUCCCAGCCCAUGAAGAGGUUCUAGCCGACCUGAGGUGGCCUGGGGCGCUGAGGCCAGGUCGACUCGAGGCGGCCUGGGGCGCGGAGGCCCGCCGACGCCCGCCCUGGCCGCCGACCGCCUCCUCGCCUGCGGUCGGGACGGCAACGGACCGAAAAUGAGCAUGUCGAGCAAAUUUUGUGAUAUUUUAUGCAGAAAAAAUAUAUCUCGGAGCUCACAAGAGCAGGUGGUAUAUAUUUUCUUCCACUAUGAUCCAAAGCGAUUUCCCCUCAGCGUCGGACGGACAGUCCAGCCGCGCCGAGACCAGCGUCGCCUCGCUGCCGAAGAGGUGGCCUUUCCGUCUCUACUCGCAGUAGGGAACGGAAACGGAGAAUCUCCCGCCGGGCCUCGGGCGGGGCUAGAACCGCGCAGAACCUGGCAGUUAGUGAACGCUGAAACGAUAUCCUCAUGGGUGCGGAAAGAAAAAGAAACAGCUGAUGUGGCCAUCUUAGGUGUUCCUCAAGAUGAUGUGUGAUGUGUUAACUGCUAAAGACAAUCAAACUAUCAAGAGUUAUCAAGAUGAAAGUGAAGGUGAUUGUGAUGAAACUCUUUAACCAUAGCGGUGGUUGUGAAGAAGAUAAGUGGAUAACGAUAGGUUUCGAUGAAUAAUAACUUCUGUUGUAAAGAUGUUGUGAUAGAGAUAGUGCUGGAGGCUAGGCUGGGAGAGACAGGACUCGCGCCGGCCGUCUCCAAGCAUAAUGUUCAGUGUGAUAUGCAGGGUUUCCCACCUGCCUGAUGCUAGCGGGCGGCCGACGACUCCUUCGGCUCCACAGGGAGACUGCCGGGUCAGACGCUUGGGACGUGGCGUGUGAGUUGGGAUUCAGUGCGAUGCUCGUCCUCAGCCCAGCUGGGCGGGGGCGUCAGGGCGGAGGUGCUCGCCCGCCGGUCAUUCAUUGCUGCAGACCACGCGGGGCGACGCGGCAGAGCACCGGGAGCGGAGCCUACGCAGUGCACGAGGGAAACUGAAGUGGCGGAGGAAACUUCCUUGCUCACCCACGCCAAUAUCGCCAGUCGUGGAAAGUGUCAUGGUGCUUUUCAUACAUUGUAUAAAUUUAAUAGAAUUACAGUUUUAGCAAUGACCAGCUUAUGUAACGCAGCAAUGAACCUUUGUAUUUUCAUAUGCAGAAAAAUGUCUACCCUCAUUUUGUUGUCCACAAAAAUCCGCGCAUUUUUAAUACCAUCAGCCCAGGUCAGUCACGCAGUUAUUAUUUAUCUAAAAGAAGUUUAGCCUCGCAUAACUGCACCGUAUGAUGAAUGUCUGAGCAAAUAAAACAAAGGCUUCGAUGUUCUUGCUGCAGAAGUGAAGCGAGACGGGGUUCGAGUGGCAAUUAAUAACUGAUUGUAUCCCUUGAAAAAGACUUUCACACGAAAUACCUGAAGGAGCAGUCAGCCGUGGAGUGAACAGACAUUUUGGUGUGUAAUUUGUUGAACUCUAUUUUACCCGUCGUUCUAUGCUUAAAUGCAACAGUCGAGCUGUAACCAUUAGGCUGGUUCCUAGACGAGGUAAUCUUUUGUUUAUUGGUCAAGCCUCAUUGUUCAUGAUUCAUAUGUUAAAGCAUAAAAGUGAAUCGUCAUAAAUGGGACUGACGGAAUGGGGCAGCAAACUGCAUGCAUUCUGCUGGCAGGGUAUUCUUUGUGUAGCAUCGCAUGUGGACGUUACGACUCCAACUCUCAAGUAGUUGGUGAACAGCCAGUGGUCGCCUUCGUCGGGAGGUCGCACGGGAAGGAUGACCUAAGCCACAAGGUCUUCGGCUCGCGGGUGAAGGCGUUGUGUGCACGGACUUGCUGCGUACCUCGUGCCUGGAGACCAGAAGAUAUCUACGUAAGUUGCACAGCACUUGCACCGCGGGGGAAUCGUGCAACCGUUCCCUUGAACAGAGAGGGCCAGUUACUUACCCAGGCCAGAUUACUCCACCAAGCCUUCAGGGAGUGAACGCUCGUCCUCACCAAAUACUUGAGAAUUAGGUUACCUGUAUGUGUAAACUCCGCUGGCUGGCGUUUGUACAUAAUAGUUUAUUCCUAUGUACAUACAUUUUUUAUGUCGUAGGUCUUACUAGAAACAGAGCCUUGAAGCAGUCGGCAGAAUUGUUAGUUUUAUAUUGUAGUUCCGACUGGUUUAUAAUGUCACAAUCACGUAUGGACGUAGAUCCCUUUUACUGUCUGGUUCAUGUAUUGAAAUUAAGAUUCUUUACGCUGGUUCUUGUUUCGUAUGUGACGCCAGAGUCUUUAUCCUGGUUCAUCUAUGAUACUAAUAUUCAUAAUGCUGGUGCGCGUGCAGUGCCGAAUUCGUUACGCAGAAUCGUCUUCAGAGAUCGGAGUUCUGACGGUUAGCUCGCCAUCGCCGGGCGGGCGCGGGGCAGGAGCCGGCGGGGGCCCUCCUCUCGGGCGCCGGGAGACCACCGCCCGGCGUCGCGAAGGGCGGACUCGCGGACCUGGGCUCGUCUGCGCGACGGAGGGCCCGGGCGACGAGGGGGCUCGCAGGCAGGCUUCGGGGUCGUCGACUGAGAGCGGAAGGGGCAGAGGGAGGCGAGGUCGGGGGGAGGGGGCGCGGCCAGAGGGAGCGCGGAAGGCGGGAAAGGAAUUGUUAUGCAGUUGUUGAUAAAUUUAAACAGGGAUUCGGGUGCUUCAAGUAAACACUACACUUUCUCAUUACAAGCUUCCUAAGCUUUUUAGCUUCUUAUUAUUUCUUUAUGUUAUUUUCAAUAUGAUGUAAAUGCAUCACGCUAAGCAAAUUGUUCAUAUAUAU